GAGGAUCACUGGCUUACAAACAGGCUGCAGUCAGCAGUCAGUCUCUGUGUAGGUAGGGGGAGGCAGGAUGAAUUGCUUCCACGGGAGGGAAGAGAACUGAAGACAUGCUGGACUGAAUCACAACGGACUGGGAAUAUCUGCUGGUGAACCACUGAGGGCUCCGUUUGUGGAUUGCAUCAAACAAAGCUGGGCUGUUUUUGGGCUGGAACAAACUGAAUUAGUUCUGCUGUACUCACACUGGGUUCAGCUAAAUACUGGUCUGUGUUUAAGUUUGCCUGCAGGCUUUUGAGAACGGGGCUGAAAUAGACUCAAUUCCCUGUCUUGUCUUUUUUUUUUUUUUUUUCUUUCUUGCAUCCCGCCCUCCCUCCAUCCUUCUUCCAUCCGCUUAUCUUCUCUCAUGCACUUUCACAGCAGACAUCCAGUGUUGCAGAGGCAGCAGCCCUCGGUGCCUCUAUUAAUCUGCUGGCUGCUCAAAAGACGCUGAAGGAAAACAAAGACCAGGGAUUUUUCCUUCUUUUUUAAUAUCCUCUUGUUUGCACAGAGGAGCUUCUGGUGUGAGGAAUAAGAUUUUUUUUCUUUUUUUAUCAUCCAGAGGAAUUCUUUCUUCAUAUUACAUACAAUUUUAAGGCAAUUCCUGGACUCUCAGGGAAAGAAAGCCCACUUCUAGUUGGUGUAUUGCUUUUUUUCCCUCUCGCAUAACUUAGCUGCAUUUACUGCUCGUUCGUUUGCCUGGUGCUGGUGCUGGUGGUUGCGGUGAAGCCGGGGCAGGCAUGGCCCAGCAGGCAGGCAUGGGGGUGACCCACCAGGACACCCUGGCAGUGCCCCCCAUGCCUAAACACUCCGGCCUGAAUGAAGACCUGGUGAAGAUCCUGCGGGAGAACCUGCUGCAGCCGGAGCGGCCACGGGGACCCCGGCGCUCGCCCUCGUCCAUCUCCCCCCGCCUUUCUCCGCGCAACUCCCCGCGUCUGCUCCGCCGCAUGCUGCUCAAUAACAACAUCCACAAACAGAGGCGCUUCACUGUCGCGCACACAUGCUUCGAUGUGGACAAUGGCACAUCGUCAGGCCGCAGCCCCCUGGACCCGAUGGCCAGCCCGGGCUCAGGCCUCAUCCUGCAGGCCAAUUUCGUCCACAGUCAACGGAGAGAGUCAUUCCUCUACCGCUCUGACAGUGACUACGACCUCUCCCCCAAGUCGAUGUCCCGAAACUCCUCCAUUGCCAGUGACAUUCAUGGAGACGAUAUGAUUGUAACGCCAUUUGCACAGGUUCUCGCCAGUUUGAGAACUGUACGAAACAACUUUGGUGCAUUAACUAAUCUACAGCAAGAAAGACCGUCCAAUAAGAGAUCACCCAUGUGCAACCCACCACCCAUCACCAAGACCACCUUCACAGAGGAGGCCUACCAGAAACUGGCUACUGAGACCCUGGAGGAGCUGGACUGGUGCCUGGACCAGCUAGAGACACUGCAGACAAGACACUCCGUCAGUGAGAUGGCUUCCAACAAGUUCAAGAGGAUGUUGAACAGGGAGCUGACUCACCUAUCAGAGAUGAGCCGCUCUGGGAACCAGGUGUCCGAGUUCAUCUCCAGCACGUUCCUGGACAAGCAGCAUGAAGUGGAGAUGCCGUCCCCUCAGAUGCAGAAGGAGAAGGAGGAGAAGAAGAACAAGCCCAUGUCUCAGAUCAGCGGGGUGAAAAAGCUGCAACACUCCUCCAGCCUCACAAACUCCAAUAUCCCACGCUUUGGGGUGAAGACGGAGACAGAGGAUGAGCUUGCUAAGGAGCUGGAACAUGUGAAUAAAUGGGGCCUUAAUGUUUUUAAAAUCUCAGAGUUCUCUGGGAAUCGGCCACUAACAGUCAUGAUGUACACAAUAUUCCAGGAGAGGGACUUGUUAAAAACUUUUAAAAUUCCACUUGACACCUUUAUAACGUACCUGAUGACCUUAGAAGACCACUAUCAUGGCGAUGUGGCCUAUCACAACAACAUUCAUGCUGCUGAUGUUACCCAGUCAACACAUGUGCUGCUGUCCACCCCUGCCCUUGAGGCUGUGUUCACAGACCUGGAGAUCUUAGCUGCCAUCUUUGCCAGUGCGAUACACGACGUGGACCAUCCUGGAGUCUCCAACCAGUUCCUCAUUAGCACCAAUUCAGAGCUGGCAUUGAUGUACAAUGACUCAUCUGUGCUGGAGAACCACCAUUUAGCAGUGGGUUUCAAGCUCCUGCAAGAGGAGAACUGUGACAUCUUCCAAAACCUGACCAAAAAACAAAGACAAUCACUGCGAAAAAUGGUCAUCGACAUCGUGUUGGCGACGGACAUGUCGAAGCACAUGAAUCUACUGGCUGAUCUGAAAACUAUGGUGGAAACCAAGAAGGUGACCAGCUCUGGUGUCUUGCUGCUCGAUAACUACUCUGACAGGAUACAGGUUCUCCAGAACAUGGUGCACUGUGCGGACCUGAGCAACCCCACCAAGCCUCUCCAGCUGUACCGGCAGUGGACAGACCGCAUCAUGGAGGAGUUCUUCAGUCAGGGCGACAGAGAGAGGGAGCGAGGCAUGGAGAUCAGCCCCAUGUGUGACAAACACAACGCCUCUGUAGAAAAGAGCCAGGUUGGUUUUAUAGACUAUAUCGUGCACCCUUUGUGGGAGACAUGGGCUGACCUGGUCCAUCCUGAUGCCCAGGACAUCCUGGACACUUUGGAAGACAACAGGGAGUGGUACCAAAGCACCAUCCCCCAAAGUCCUUCUCCUGCUCUAGAUGAGCCUGAGGAUGGGACGCGACCCCCGGGUGGGGACAAGUUCCAAUUUGAGCUCACUCUGGAGGAGGACGGGGAGUCGGACACUGAGAAAGACAGUGGCAGCCAGCCGGAAGAGGAGGAGGAGGAGGAGGAGGAUGAUGAGGAGGAGGAGGAGGAAGAAGAGGAUGAGGAGGAGGACAACAGCUGUACUGACUCGAAAACACUCUGUACCCAGGACUCUGAAUCAACAGAGAUUCCUUUGGACGAACAGGUGGGGGACGAUGAAGACGACGACGACGAGGAGGCGGCAGAAGAGGAGGGAACGCCCUGUUCGCCGCCGUGUGUGUUGGAGGAAGACGUCGCGGAGGAAGAUAAGGAGAAAGAGGACUCUCCCGACACAUAGCAGUUUUUGGACAGCACCUGAUUAACUGUUCUUCUUAGUAAUGACAGAUGAUUAUUUAUAGAAUAUUUUUGGGGUUUUGUGGAGUCUCUCUGUGUGUUUUUUUUAUACAUCUAUGUUUAUGGUUCCAAAGCGUUUGCUGCUCUCCACCUUGGCCACUCCUCCUGUCAGCUUUGUUCAGACACGCCCACUGGUACUUCAAGUUUUUUUGCACUCAGGAAGCUCCUUUCCAUUCCCAUUUGUACUGAAGUGGUGUGUCCUUAUUUCAAUUCUACACCGCCCCCCCCCCCCUUUACUAUCUUCAGUUUAGAACACGGAUGACAGUGCUCAGCGACGAUCACAUGAUUGAUAAUACCACAUUUAUUUUCUUUCCUGCACUUUGUCUCGGCCUUGCCUGAAAGUUUUAGCAGUGUUUUUUAUCAAGUGCCCAUGUCCUACUGAGACACUUACGGGUGUUUUCAAGGAGAAAUCUCCCCCUCGGUUACGUCGUUCUCCUCCUCACUACAAACGUUAUACUGUCGUUCUGCUGAAAGCCCUUUGGGACGUCACAGAGAUAAAAAGCUGCAGCACACUGGGGGAGCUUUUUCGAGACACAUCGCCAUCGAUGUGGUAGUCUUCCUUGAAAAAAAAAAAAAAACAGAAACGACUGACACAAAGCUCAAAUCCAAACAGCCAUCGAUGCUGUUUCCUAGACCUCUUUUCAUUUUCUUUUUUUAUUGUACUGUAUGUAAUAUUACAAAUAUUUUCUAGAAUUUACUUUGGCAAUUCCAGGGUUUUCUUUUGUUAGCGAAGGAAAAUGAAUCUCUUUGGAAACCAACGGGGAGAAAUGAGUAACUAUACUGUAUAGUCAGUGUUUUGAAGGGGGGUAUCUUUACUGCUGGGUUACAUUAAGAGUGUUCUGAGGUGUUUGCACUUGCUCCAAUAGCAUUUAUACUGCUAUCUCCAUGCCACUAUACUCAUAUUUGGUUUGUCCUGUGAGUGGAAAUUUAGACUUUCAUUUUAUUUAAAAUACCUAUUACAUUUACUGCAAGUUUUUCUCUGAGAGGGAAUAGAAUUCUACCGCCGUGCGUCUCAUGCUUUACUCUCACUGAAUUUGUGUAUGAUGUAGAUGGCGCCUUUCAAUUCUUUUAAUUUAUUUAUAUUUUUUUUAAUUAAUGUUGCCUGCAGUUCUUUUGAACACAUUGUCAGACAAUGCAACGCUUUGUAGUCGACAUAAAGAGCACCUUUUUCCUUUAUUUUUUUUACGCUUAAUUAGUGCUCAGUGUAUACAGAAAUAGUCAUGGUGUUUGGAAAAAAUACUGGGUGAUUUUAUACCAAUGUUAUGAAAGCCUUUAUUGUUGCCCCCCUCCCCCCCCCCCCACCCACCCACCUUUCUUUUGCACAUUAGGUGGACACACACACACACACACACACACACACACACAUCACCAACAGCUGCACACCAGCUCAUCUUCAACCACUUUGAGUUCAGUUUUCAUCCAAAUGGUAUUUACUUUCUCCAUCGCCACCUUAACCCGUUAACACAGAGCGUAUCGCAGCCGAUGUGUAGUUAUUACGGUAAUUUCACUCGCGCUGUCGCAGGAAGCCAGUGUUUUUGUCACCAGAGAAGUGAGAGGGUUGAGGAUUUUUUGGAGGGCUGUGGUGCCGGAAGUGACGUACUGAGGGCCGCAGCAACCAAAUGACUUUUUUGACUUGUUAUAUGGCCUUACCAGGUCAUCUUGGCCCUAACCCUUAACCUCACUUCUUCUCCAUACUUAACCCUAAACCCCUGCUCUUUCCUCUCGAAAUGUAGUUGUUUCUUGUACAUGAUAUACUUAGAAGCCAUCUCUUCUUCCACUUUUCUGAGAUUUCUCUCAAAGUCCUGUGUUGUAGUGAAAACUUCGGGACUUCUAGCUUGGGGAAUAGUUGGCGGCGCCGGCCCUCAGUGCGUCACUUCCGGCAUCACAGCCCUCCGAAAAAUCCUAAACCAGGAGAGAGUUGGAAAAAACACCUGUGCAUAGUUUCCAUUUUUUCUGGCCUGUUUGUGGUCACCGAGAC